CCUCCCUGCCACCCCCUGGCCGUCCUCCCUGCCACCCCCUGGCCGUCCUCCCUGCCUUUGCUGGUCCCUCUCUUUUCUUGUCCUUCCCCGCCAGCCGCCCGCUUCCCUUCUCUAUCACCUAAGAAACCUCGCAGCCAGUGAGUUUGCGAAAGAAGCGUCACCCGCUCGCACCCUCGGGAAAGGCGGCCCAAACCCUAGCCAGGAGCCUGGCCAUUACUGAAGUUCCUUCCAAGAGGGGAAGAGUCAGCUCUCCUGAAAAGAGGCCUGGAGCAGGAUGCCUUGGGUUCCAGCCUCAGUUCUGCCAAUAACUAGCCGUAUGUUCUUGAGGAAGUUUUGCAGAAAAACACAACUUUACAAAACCCAAUGAUAGCCGAGCCCUAGAAUUGAUGACCCGGUGUGCUCAGACUGUAAUGACACAACUAGAAGAUAUUGUCAUGGCAUAUGGACAAAGUGAUGAAUAUAGCUUUAUAUUCAAACGGAAGAGCAAUUGGUUUAGAAGAAGAGCCAGUAAAUUUAUGACAAACGUGGCCUCUCAGUUUGCCUCCAGCUAUGUCUUUUAUUGGAAGGAUUACUUUAAGGACCAGGAUCUUCUAUAUCCUCCAGCCUUUGAUGGAAGAGUUGUAGUGUAUCCUAGCAACCAGACCUUAAAGGACUAUCUCAGUUGGCGACAAGCAGAUUGUCAUAUUAAUAAUCUUUAUAACACGGUUUUCUGGAUGCUGAUACAGCGAUCUAAGUUAACACCAGCACAAGCUCAAGAAAGACUACAGGGAACACUUGCUGCAGAUAAGAAUGAAAUUUUGUUUUCUGAAUACAAUGUCAACUACAAUAAUGAGCCACCAAUGUUCAGGAAAGGGACUGUAAUGAUAUGGAAAAAGAUUAAAGAAGUAAUAUCAAAGGAAAUCCAACUUCCAGGAGAAACAGAAGAAAAAACAGUUGAAGUGGCACGGACAAGGACUAAACCAGUUGCUUUGCAUUGUGAUAUCAUUGGUGAUGCUUUCUGGAAGGAGCAUCCUGAGAUCCUUGAAGAUGACAGUUGACUUGUUUGUCUUUCCUUCCUUUGUGGUUAUUCAUACAGACAUUCGAUUCUUGCUAGCUAACCUAACUCUGAUAUAAGCAGAGUUCUUUGAAAUGCACAUUUUAUAUACGCAACAAGAAAGAUCCAUCUUGGGGAAAGAAAAGAGGGAAAAAGAGGUAGCAAAGCUUACUCUUCUGAAACUGGGCACCUUUUUUAUUCCAUAGAAACAUGGAUCCAUUUGCAAAAACAAAAUGGUGAUAUUUUUACAAAGUAGUUAGCUAUAUCUUGCAUAAUUAAUCUUUUAAAACUGGUAUAAAUCAUUUUAAAAGCUGCCACCUACUCCUAACUAGAGUUAGGUUACAGUGACUUUGAAAUUCUUAUCUUUCUAAAUGAUCUGUGCAUUUCUCUUUGGCAGACCUGGAAAUAAACAUGGACUACAUGUUUAUGAAUUAAAUGUUUUUUGUAUAUCUCAAUUAUGGUGACUCUAGAUUGAUCGGUUGUAUGCACUUCAGUUGGUUGAAUCACUAGGCAAUCAAUCAUUUUAUUCCUGUGGGCUCUGCCAUUAUUUCCAGCUAUCUUAUCAAGAGAAGAAUUUCAAGUCCAAAUAUACAUACUUCUUUAGGAAGAAAUGGGGUAAAUAGAGGACUGGAACAGACCAAAGUAAUUCCUUGCAUUUUUCAACAUUUGUUAAAUACCUACUGUGUUGAGGGAAAUAAAGUUAGUAUAAAUAAUAGUUCUUUUUCAAGAGACUUAGAGCUAGCACAGGAGAAAGAUACCAAUACAGAAAUCUUGCUUUUUAUACCAGUAUUACAUAUUUUAAAGUCAUACAUCUUCAAUUUCUGAACAGCUUUUUCUACUUGCAUAGGUGAAAUUGGCUCAUUUCUAUUUCAUGUUUUUUAGGGCUUUGUUAAAUAAUUUUUUUUUUUUAAUUAAAGCUAUAAGUAGAUAAUUCUGCAACAU